AUGCCUAUUAUGGCUUCUCGUUUAUUUUGUCAUUUACGUUCUGCAAGCACUUCAGCAAGUAAAGUUGUUCCUCCUUCUAUUAAAGUAUUUGACAGAGAAACAAAGCGUAAACAAAGAAAUUGGAGUGCAACCCAAUCUGAGUUUGAAUUAACCAGAUUUAUACGAGAUGAGUUUGGCUAUCGUUUGGCUGAUAAAGUUUUUGAUUUGUUGAAGAAAAAUACAGUUUGUAUCGAUCUUGGAUGUGGAGCUGGGCAUAUUGGAAUGCACUUAAUCAGGGAAAAUGUUGGUUGUUUAAUUCAACUUGAUAUGAGUGAAGCAAUGGUUAGAGCUAGUAAAUCAGCAGAAGAAAAUGAGUUUCCAACUUUUCGUGCUAUUGCUGAUGAAGAAUUAGUUCCAUUUCGUCCAGAAUGUGCCGAUUUAAUUUUGAGUGGUCUUUCUGCCCAUUGGAUUAAUGAUUUGCCAAACUGGUUUCUUCGUUGUUUUCAAACACUUAGAGAAGAUGGUGUAAUGAUUGGUGGAUUGCUGGCUGGUGAAACGCUUCACGAAUUGAGAAUUUCUUUACAAUUAGCAGAAAUGGAAAGAUUGGGAGGUAUUGGGGCACAUGUUUCUCCUUUUGUUGAGGCACAGGAUAUUGCAUCAUUGAUGAAUAGAGCUGGCUUUCAAUUGGUAACUAUUGAUGUGGAUGAAAUUGUGGUCUGUAGUUUAUUCUUAAUUUAUAAAUUUGGCCAGAAUCUUUAUUAA